AUGUCAGAGCGCUCCAAGCGACGCAGACUCAACCCCCAGAUAAUAGAACCAUUCCCCAACCAGUCCCCAAGUCAUGCCAACAUAGAAAACAUUCCAGACAAGAUUCUGCUGCAAAUCAUCACGCGUCUCCCCGGCCUCGAGACCCUCUGGAACCUGCUGGCCGCAUCACCGCGCUGCUUCCGCCUCUUCAACAGCCAGCCGCACACCAUUAUCGAACAACUCUUUGCCAGCCCGACGUCGAUUCUACCUCCCAAGAUACAAGAACUUGUCCGUGCUGUGAUUCUCACGAGGAGCGGUGCUCUUCUAUUCAAGAACCUGGACGAGUUCAAGUAUCGCUUCAUACAGCACAAAGUACCCGUUCACAGAAUCAAAGACAAAACAAACAUCACUCUCGGCCCCGACACUCUGACAACCCACGACAUACAACCCUCAGUAUAUCUCUCCGCCGUCGCAACAGCGCAUCACAUUUCCGCCCUCGCACACGCCUGUCUAUCAUUCUACCUCCCCCAGAUCCACAACCCCGACAUCUUCCACCCUCAACAUGCGCAGCUCCCGCUCCCAAAGUACCUCCCGCGGGGCUCGAAUCCUCCAGAGGGCGACACCACGCCUGCAUGGCAUCAGGUCUUUUUCGGACUGCCUUAUGACGUCGUCGAUGCCGGGCCGCCGAGUUGGGUGGAGGAGAUGCGUGUUGUGCGCGCGUUGUGGGUUAUUCAGCUGGUUGGAGGCGUGCGCUGCCUCGUAUUGAAAGAUUUGAACGCGUCGGGAUGGUCGUAUGAUGAUAUCAAUAGGACGCUGCCAAAGUACGCGGAUGCUGUUCCUCAGGAUGGCACCAUGAACAGCGGUGCCGAAGAGAUACAGACCGUGUUGGCAUAUCUUGAGAAACUCGGCAUCACAAACAAGGGAGAACCAUUCUACCAACUCCCAAAGCUACCUCUCGACGCAAAGCCCGUUAACCCAGUCACUCCCCUCCCCGAUCCCUGUGAAGCAACAUGGGGCGGCAUCGGAAUCAUCUACGACUAUGGCCACAAGACCGUCAAGCUCCGCCCUCCCCCGUCCGCCCUCCAACGUGCCUCAGGUCCCCAACUCAGCAAGUCUUCUCUCCGCGGCCAAGCAAGAAGCAGUCUCGAGAAUGAAAGCCCCGCGGUGACUACGCUUCGACAUUAUACUGAUGGAAAUAGUAGAUACGGCUUGCCCAUUACGAAUGCGAGGAUGGACAUUUAUAGGCCGUUUGGGCUGGCGCUGUGGGAUAGGUGGAGAUUGUGUCUUUUGGGGCUUUUGGGGGAGGGGCGGAUGGAUGAGAGGGAUCUUGAUUAUUACUGCUUUGCGUGGGAGAGUUUGAUGGAUGAGGAGUGGGUGAGGCAUGUGAGGAGGGUGUUGAGGGAGGGGGUGAGGUUGGAGGGGGGAGAGGGUGUUGAAGCUGGAUCUAGUUCUGAGGACGAUGACGAUGAGGACGAUGAUGAAGAUGAAGAGGAUGGUGAUGUGUAG